GUUAAAAGUGCGUGGAAAUAUUGACCAUGCUAGAGAAAAUGGUCAGCCCAAAAAAAUUAGUAAUAUUGGCUCUCGGGCAAUUGAGAAGCAAAUUAAAAAGGAUUCGUCUAUUUCAACAAGAACUUUAGCAGCAUAUCUAUCAAGUAUAGGUAAUGACAUUUUAUAUAGAACAAUUGGAAGGUAUUUGGCUAUAAUGGGAUAUGUGAAAAAAUGUCUCAUGAAAGACCCCAUGCUGACUAAUAACCAAAAAAGAAAGAGAGUAGAAUGGGCCCAGGCUCAUCUUAAUGAUAAUCGGAACAGAACUUUUUUUACAGAUGAAUCAGCCUUUUAA